AUUUCAAAAGUUUGAAAGCUUAAAAAUGUUUCGGCAGAUCUGCCUUAUUGGUCUUUUCUGCGUUAUUGGAGUCAUCUCCAGAAGCCUUGAAGUUGAAGAUGAUGUGCAAAAGAACGUCCCAUCUUGGGUAGAGGAUUCGCAGAAUUUCAUGAUUGGUGGUCAGGCGGCUUUUGCUGGACAAUUUCCUCAUGUAGCUUCCGUGAGAAACACUGCAAAUGUACACGUUUGUGGUGGCUUCAUCAUCAACAAUCGCUGGGUUGUUUCAUCAGCUCUCUGCACUGUAAAUCGCACACCAGACGAUACGUGGAUAAUUGUUGGAGCACUCCAACUGAGUAAUGGUGGUACAAAUGUCUUCACUUCCAACAUAAUCAACCAUCCUGACUAUAUAAACAUAGGAAUGAUGAAUGAUAUUUCUCUUCUUCAAACACGUGAUUCUAUAACAUUUAGUAAUUUGGUUCAGCCCUUAGAACUUGGAUCUACAUUUAUUGGUUCUGGCUAUCAAGCUACCUUUGCUGCAUGGGGAGCUACAGCUUCUACUGGCCCUUUAAUAAGCAUCCUCCAAUGGCAGCCUAUGAUGACUAUUGGCAAUCAAGAGUGUGAGUGGCAAAUGCCAUCCAUGCCAAUCUUCAACAAUAACAUUUGUGCAAUCACUCACGUUGGUCGGGGUAUGUGUAGAGGUAAUCUCGGAUCAGCACUUAUUAUUGGAAACAACGCCAUUGGGACGUAUUCAUGGAGUCCUGGAGGAUGUGCUUCAGGCUUUCCAGAAGUCUUUUCUCGUAUAUCCUCCCAUCGUGAAUGGAUUCUUUCACAUACUUGUUAAGCCAAUGCCCUUGAUAAGAAUUGAUAAAUAAAAAUU